UUUAAAAAAACAAAAAUAAACAUGAGUUCGCAAGGUUACGAAGUAAAAAGUCCAUUAAAACAUCAGCAUUCCGAUGAAGAACGUAACAAUUUUAUUAUAAACGAUACUGCUUUUAAAACAACUUCUUCGUUAAAAAGUAAAUCUCAUUUGUUAAGAAUUUUAGUUGUCGUGGUGUUGCUUCUUGUUGUAUUACUAACAAUUUUGGGUGCGCUAUAUAUUUCAAUGCAAAAAAAAAAAGAACCGGUCUUGGUUCCAAAUGUUAGCAAAGGACAUAGUGAACAGGAUCUGAAAGAUGAAGUGUGCAAUACUAAAGAAUGUGUUCAAAUUGCUUCAAAGAUUAUUGACGUCAUGGACAGUGAGGUUGAUCCAUGCAAAGAUUUUUAUGAAUAUGCUUGCGGAGGCUGGCUCAAAAGUGUUCCAGUUCCUGAUUCUCGUACAAGGUACAGCAGAUUUGAUGAGCUUGCAGAACAAAACUCAGAAGUUUUGAAACAAAUUUUGAAUCAACUAAUAUCAAAAGAAACAAAAUCUGUUACGCCGAUUUUGGAUAAAGCUGCCGUGUUUUAUAAAUCAUGUACAAAUACAAAAUUAAUUGAACAAAUUGGUGACUUGCCAAUGAAAAAAUUAGUGAAAGAUAUGGGUUCAUGGCCAGUAACAGAUGAAAGUUUUGACGAAUCAAAAUGGGAUUCGUUAGAAGCGUUGACUACAGUACAUAAAAAUAUAAGUAUUGCUCCAGUUUUGCAGGUUUAUGUUGCAGCAGAUAUCAAGAAUUCUAGCCAGAACAUUAUUGUGUUUGAUCAAUCAGGAAUUUCACUUGCUAAAGAAUCAUACUUGAAAAAUUCAACUUUUCACAUUAGGCACCGUGAAGCUUAUCUGAAGUAUAUGAAGUCUAUAGCUAAACAAAUGGGUGCAAAUGAAACAGGAUUAAAGUAUAUGAAUGAUGUGAUGGAGUUUGAAACUCAAUUAGCAAAUAUUACUAUGUCAGUUUUGGAUAGAAGAAAUUAUCACUCUAUUUAUGAAUCUAUGACUUUAGAAGAAUUUUCAAAUCGUACUGAAAUACCGUUAAGUUGGUUAUUGAGGUUUGUUAAUAACAUAUUUAAAGAAAACAAUUUAUUAGUCCUACCCAGUGAGAGAAUUGUCUCUUUCAGUACGCAGUUUAUAGGAAAAGCUUACAAAUUGUUCAACGAACUACCUAAAAAAACUCAAUCCUCUUACAUAAUAUGGCAAGCAGUUAAUGUCAUGGCUCCUCUAGUCUUAGGGAAGUAUCAAGAAAUUUUUGACGAAUAUCAAUUAGAAGCUUAUAGUCUUACAGAUAGACCACCAAGAUGGGAGGUUUGCAUCAGUUCUACUUUACGUUAUUUUGGAUAUGCAUUAGGUCGUCCUUUUGUUGAAAAAGUCUAUGAUAAAACAGCAAAAACUAUGUCCACUGAAAUUAUUCAAGCAAUCAAACAAGUUUUCAUAGACAAUCUUGAAACUAUGGAUUGGAUGGAUGCAAAGACAAAAGCGUAUGCAAAAAAAAAAGCUGAAAGAAUAAUAGAAAAUAUUGGCUAUCCUAGCUUCAUUUUAAAUAACACUGCGUUGGAACUUGAGUACCAUGGACUAUCUAUUAAAGAAGAUGAACAUUUUAACAAUUAUAUGGAGUGUCGAAAGUAUGACAAUUUGAAGAACUACUUUAAAAGAGGAAAGCCUGUGGAUAAAUCUGAAUGGAGCAUAUUGCCAACUACAGUUAAUGCAUAUUAUGCCCCUACUGAAAACAAGAUUGGUUUUCCUGCUGGAAUUCUACAAUGGCCAUAUUAUGAUAAAAGAGCUCCACGUGCUGUUUCUUAUGGGGCUAUUGGUAUGGUUGUUGGUCAUGAGAUAUCACAUGGGUUUGAUGACCAAGGUAAAGAUUUUACUGUUGAGGGAAAUUUCGAUACAUGGUGGACAAAGGAAUCAACUGAUGCUUUUAAAAGUAGAAGUCAAUGUUUUUCGGAGCAGUAUUCAAAGUUUGAAAUGUUUGAUAGACAUAUGAAUGGUAAGCAGACAUUAGGAGAAGAUUUAGCUGACAAUGGAGGACUGAGGCAAUCACUUCAGGCUUAUCAGUUAUGGAAAGAACAACAUAAUGAAGAACAAAAACUUCCUGGACUUAACUUAACAUCUGAACAGUUAUACUUUCUUGCUUUUGCGCAGGUUUGGUGUACAAAUUACAGGGAAUCAUCUGCAAUAAAUCAAAUAGAGAGCGGUGUGCAUUCCUUAUCCAGAUUCAGAGUUAUUGGAACGCUUCAAAAUAACCAAGAGUUUAGUAAAGCCUACAAAUGUCCCGAAGGCUCAAUAAUGAAUCCAAAGAAGAAAUGCCGCGUUUGGUGAAAGAUUUUUUUAAACCUAAAUGAAUAUUCUUUAUAUUUAUAGAUUCAAAUAUAUUACUGUAAA